AUGAAGUUGAAUCUUGCAAUAUUGCUUAUUUUAUUAUUGGCCGUUGCUCAGGCAAGAAGAGUUUAAUUUUUGGGUCAUCGUCAAGAAGACGAAACAGGAAAGGAAAAUGGAGAAGAAAACCAAGGAAAUGGAGAAGAGGGUUAAGGAAAUGGAGAAGAAGGCUAAGGAAAUGGAGAAGAAGGUCAAGGAAAUGGAGAAGAAGGUCAAGGAAACGGAGAAGAAGGCUAAGGAAAUGGAGGAGAAGAUAGUGGAUAAAGUGGCAAUGGUGACGAAGGAUCUGAUAAUGGCGGUUCAUGUUCAAAUGGUGGUACUACUGGGGGUUAAAGUGAACCAGUAGAAUAACAAACUUGCAAAGGAGUGAUAUUUGACGCAGGAAGCUCAGGUACAAGAGUGUUUGUUUAUACUUGGCCUUGCAGAUUAUUCCAUUAUGCAAAUCCAGAGAUUGAAAUAACACAAUAGGCCCCUUCAGUCAAGGUUAACCCAGGAAUCUCACAAUUCGGAGAUAAUAUUGCUGGAAUCAAGGACUAUUUACAACCAUUGUUAGAUUUUGCAAAUGAACAUGUUGAAGAGGAAAUCAGACAUAGAACACCCAUUUUACUUGGAGCUACAGCAGGCAUGAGAAUUUUAGAUUGGGGAUAACAAUAUGAUGUCAUGGAAGAGGUUAGAAGAAUUUUGAGGGAGAGUGGAUAUUUGUUUGAAAAUUCAGAUUGGGCAAGAAUAAUAAGUGGAAAAGACGAGGGCGCUUAUUUAUGGUUAUCUGUCAAUUAUUUGAAGGGUUAUUUCGCUAAUAGCAACAUUGAUGAAUAAGGAAAAUUGAGAGAAAGUUAUACAACAAUUGAUAUUGGUGGUGCUAGUACUUAAUUGGCUGACGAAAUCACUGAAUAAGAUCAAUAUUACUUGUCAUACGAUGAUGAAUAUGGAACAGAUUAUCAUACUUUUGAUACCACCGUUUAUAACAUUUCAUUGUAUUCACAUUCAUGGUUGUAUUUUGGAUAAGAUCAAGCCAGAAUCUAGAUCAAUAAGUUUUUACACAAUUUACACAAGAGAUCAGCAAGUUUCGAAAAUCCUUGCUAUCUCAAAGGAUACAAAGACAAAUUCAAUGAUGAGGUUGAAGUUGUUGGUACUGGUAAUCCAAAUGAUUGCAAAGAUUUAAUCGACUUAUAUUUAAUUGGAUUCAAUUCUACAUGCGAUUAAUGUAACAUUCAAGAAGCCUAUAUCCCAAAAAUCUCACCUGAAUCUAAGGUCUAUGCUGCAGGAUCAGCCGAUUUUGUAUCUAAAUUGUUUAAUGAUGAUAAUGAUUACACUUGGACAUAAUUAGAGUAUUUUGAUGAAUUCUGUACAAAGGAAUUCGAUGAGAAUAAUAAAAACAAAUUUUAUGCCACUUAAUGCUUUUUGGGACUUUACGUCGAAGAAUUAUUCGCUGUUGGUUACAGAGUACCUUCUGAUACUUUGAUUGAAACAGGAAAGAUUAAUGGCGUUGAACCAUCAUGGACUUUGGCUGCUAUGUUCGAUUAAAUUGAUGAUAAUGAACCUUGUUCUGACAGUCCCAAUUGCAAUCUCAGAAGACAUAUGAAACAAUGGAGAAAGGACAGCUUCCAUCCUUCAAUGAAGGAACACAAAGGUAGAGCUCCUUUGUCAAAAUUGACACCCUGAUAUAUUGUUCAUUUAACAUAUAUAUCAAAACCAUUAUUAAAUGAAAA